AUGGCUAGCAUCACAAGAUUUGACAUCAAUGACCUCACCGGUGAAUACCGAACAACACUCAAUCAACUCCCCAAGUUGACCCUAGAGUUGGAUGAUAUGGAAAGCCUGGAAGAGUUCAAGACAACAUACGACAGAAAUGGUAAGGAGUGUAUGCUCCCGGCCAUUGGUGAACUGGUGAUUACGAAAUGUAACAAGGUGUGCUUCAUACCUUUCACGCCUAGAGCUUGGAAAUUGGUGAUCUCAGAGUGCAGCAAACUAAUGGUCCAUUCCAGAGGAGGGCACCCUUGUACCUCUGUUUCAGUAAAUGAACUGGUGGUGAAGAACUGCAAGAAAACUCUAUAUAACUGGCAUUUGCUUCACAGCCUCCCAGGCCUCCGUAGUUUAACUGUCAAAGAUUGCGACAAUCUGUGGACUAUACCAGAUACUAUUGAGGCCCUAUCCUCCCUCCAAUCUCUAUGCUUGUCCAAUUGCCGGGUGGACAAAGUACAACACUUGGCUGACCUCACCUGUCUCCGGGAACUGAAGAUUGUGUCCUGCGAAGGGAUCGAUGGGUUCAUGCAGAGUUUGCAAGGACUCACCUCCCAUGGGUCGAUGCAUCUUAGUGACUGCGACAGUAUCACAUCACUGCCGGAAUGGUUAGGAGAUCUCACCAAUCUUGAGAAGCUUGCCAUCCACAGAUGCCCUGCCAUGGAAUCUUUGCCGGGCAGCAUAAAUAAACUAACCAACCUGAAGGAUCUGCGUAUUUUGGAUUGUCCAAAAUUGAAGAGCUGGUGUGAAAGGAGGGAGAACAAGAAAAGAAUGGCUCACAUCCGACCAGACUAUGAAAUUCCUUCACGGUAA